CAGAGUAAUGAGAAUUCCGUGGAGCCAGAGCUGCUGGCAGUGGCAGCAGUGGUGUUGCCAGCCGAAAUCACUGAGCACCUUUCUAGCCGGCUAUAUUGCCACAGAAGUGAGGCAGCACAGCUGUCCAGAAAGAAGUGGCCCAGCCUAGAAAUUGAUCCCUCACCUUUGGUGGCCAAGCCAAGAGAAACCUGAGCCACAGUGAUCGGGUCUAGGUUGGCUGAUUUUGAGCCCUGAAUCAGCGGGAAAGGGCUUGGUUUUUUACUUUGCUUUCCGCUGCCCUGCUCCAUAGCCUUGGCCUUUAGAUGACGCCAGAGGCCUCAAUCAUCCUUUGAGAGGUGUUGGCCGUUUAGCCGCCGCCGCUGCCGCCGCCAUCUUCUGUCAGGAUGGCAACCCUCAGCAGUGCUGAGUCCAGAUUCAUCGUGGGAGAGAAAUACAGACUGGUAAGGAGGAUCGGGUCCGGCUCCUUCGGAGUAGUUUAUCUCUCGGUUAAUAUCACCAAUGGAGAGGAAGUGGCAGUGAAACUAGAGUCACAGGAUGCCAAGCAUCCCCAGUUAUUAUAUGAGGGCAAAUUCUACAAGCUUCUGCAGGGUGGGGUUGGCAUCCCCCGCUUAAGGUGGCUCGGUCAGGAUAAAGACUAUAAUGCCCUAGUCAUGGAUCUUCUGGGACCUAACCUGGAAGACCUCUUCAAUUUCUGUUCUCGGAAGUUCACCAUAAAAACUGUUCUUAUGUUGGCUGACCAGAUGAUCAGUAGAAUUGAAUACGUUCACACAAAGAACAUCAUACACAGAGACAUUAAGCCGCAUAACUUCCUUAUUGGUACCGGGCGCCACCGCAAUAAAGUAUUCCUUGUUGAUUUUGGUUUGGCCAAAAUGUAUAUAUCCAGUAGUACAAGGAAACACAUACCAUGCAUAGAAUAUAAAUACCUCACUGGCACUCCCCGAUAUGCUAGCAUCAAUGCUCAUCUUGGUUUUGAGCACAGUCGCCGAGAUGACAUGGAGUCAAUAGGUUAUGUUUUGAUGUAUUUUAAUACAAGCAGAUUGCCAUGGCAAGGAAUAAAGGCUACCACAAAGGAACAACGCAAUGAAAAGGUUAUGAAAAUGAAGAUGUCCACUCCUGUAGAUGUUUUAUGUGAGGGGUUUCCAGCAGAGUUUGCCACAUACUUAAAAUAUUGUCGUGCACUGCACUUUGAUGAAACUCCGGAUUACAAUUAUCUGAGGCAGCUAUUCCGCAGUCUUUUUGAGACCCUGAAUGACCCGUGUGACUGCACCUUUGACUGGACAUGGUUACAGCACAAAGCAGCACAGCCGGCGACAUCUUGCAGUGGGCAGGUUCAGCACGCCCAAUCCCCCACAAAUUUCCAGGCAUGAUAUGUGGAUCAGAAGAAGCAGAGCAGAAGAUUGAAGUUGCAUUUGUUUUUCCCCACAUUUAGAAAUUUCCAUUUGCACUAAUGUUUGUGGAAAGCUAUUUACUUGGUAUUAAAAGCUUAAUUUAUAAACUAGCUCUGGGCUGCAUUGCUGGUACUGUAUACUUGAGUUGUAACCACUGUUAUUGUGAACCUUUACAGAAAUAGUGAAACAUGGUGUCUGGUACUCUGUUGCAUUUUUCAAGAGGGAAGGUUAGCUAAAUGCUUGACACAUACAAAUUGGUGGAGAAAUUGUGCUACGACAGUUUUUUGGUAAGCUCUUUAUAUUUUCUGCUCUGAAAUAUAUACUGCUUUGAAAUAUUUCAGACAAAUGAC